AAUAUCAAGAUCCCUGAGAAGCGAAUCUUGUGCGUCUGCAGCGUAAAUGAAUUGAGGCGCUUCGCGAGACUGUGAGAUGACAGCUGAGUGUGGGGAGUAUAUAUUGCUAGAUAUGUCUGAACUAGGUAGGGCAAGGUGACAGCUGACAGUCGAGUGUGAGUCGGCUGUCAGAGUCGAAUUUGAAACUGUUUGCUCCUAAACAAGCUAAAUGAACUGCUCUAAAUGUGCUCUAAAUGCGCUUAAGCAGCCUGCUUUGGAUUGUUGCACUGUUUACCAUCCUACGAUCAGGCCACGCUCGCCAGCAUCCCAAAAUGUUUGGAAAACGCGCUGCAACGCGCCUCAGGCGGGGCUACGGACAUGUCGACUCCAAUGUGGAUGACCUGAAGCUGAAGCGCCUGAGCCAGUACAACAGCAAGAACUGGGACGCUGCUGAGGACGAGACGCUUCAGGAGGGCAUCUCGUGCGACUCAGUGCCCCAGCCCAGCCCGGAAACUACCUGCGCACCCGUUGGUGCGUCCAAUCCGACAACCUGCCUGACACUAAAUCCGUCCGCCCAGAGUCCGCCCACGCCUAGUCCAAGCAAUCCCAAUUGCAACAUUUUGCAGCAGCAGCAUYAUCCGUAUGCGCCACAGCAACAAUAUCCGCCGCAGCAACAGUAUCCAGAGCCACAGCAGCAGGCGCCAUAUGAGCCAGACGAUUCUGAGCAGCGCGGCAAGGAGCUGCGCAAGCUGGUGCAGCAUCUGUAUGUGGCGCAGGCGCGCGUCCAGCUGGAGGCAACUGAGAUACACAAGGCGCAGGCGGUGGCCAGCUCGGCGCAAUCGCAGCUCGAAGACUCUGCCAAUCAUGUGCGCACCAUUACGGCGACCCUGCACAAUGCCCAGCAGGAGGUGGCAGCAGCUGCGAUCCGUGCGCAGAUCGCCCAGCUGCAGUUGGCUGCCCACGAUCAGUUGCUGUUCGCAGCUCGGCAGGACGUGGAUGCGCUCUCCUCGCAAGUGGUCGGCCUGCAGGCGGCCGAGGGCAUUGUGCAGCCGAAGCUAACGGUCGACUUGCACGCACUGCUUGACAAGCUGCGGCAGCCGCUGCAGCACUUCGAUCGGCCCACGCCAGUGCCCAUGAUUAUCACGCUGCCUCCGUUGAACGCAGCAACGCAGGGGCCUAACACUGGCCUAGGGAUGGGCAUGGCUAUGGCUCAGGGGACUGGCACUGACAUUGGCACUAGAGUCGGAGCUGGUAUUCGUGGGGAGGGCGAAAACAAGGAGCUUGCCCAAGGCACUCGCUAUACAUAGUUAAAGCACACCUCUUUGAACAGUUGUCCAUCUCUAUAGUUAUAUUUUGUAUGAAUCUUCCAGUUAAGAUAUAUUUCCUGCAAUUACAUAUCCGUGUGUGUUUCUAUUCUGUUUGUGGGUUAUGUUGGGAAGAUGAUGAGUUGAUUGAAUGCAUAUUAUUAAAAGCAGCUGCAGCGAAUGCGUACAGAUAGAUAAGGCGAAAAUA